AUGGCUACGGAGAUUCGGGCGCUCAGUUGUUCGGCCUCUCAAAGGAAGCGAUUGGCGAAACUACAGGCUAAAAAAGCCAAACGGAAACUUGAGAAGGCAAGAAAAAGGGAGGUGAACCGUGAGAAUGUGUGCCGUCUUGCUGAGGAGGGUUCCUAUAUUAGUAAGCGUCAGUUAAAGAGAAACUUGGAUGUCAAAAUCCGCCAGGCCUUCGAUGUUGGGGUGAAGUUAUGUAUCGACUGUAGCUAUGAAUCUUGCAUGUCUCAGAAGGAAUGCAACAAAUUUGCACAACAGCUCUGUCGUGCCUACGGGGCGAACCGUAAGCACAACAACCCUGUCAGUUUGCAUUUGGUGAAUUUCUUAUCUUCUGGACAAAUCGCUGCUGCAUGCAAGCGUAAAUGUGAUGGAUUUGAACACUAUGUGAUUGGGAAACACUCGGACUUACCCCGCAGUGUGUUUGACAAGAACGUAAUCUACCUGUCACCCGACGCCCCGGAGCCAUUGCUGGACAUAUCAGACGACUGCGCUUACGUGAUCGGCUGUCUGAUUGAUGAACAUUUGAUGAAGGGGAAAAGUUUGGAAGAGGCGAACGCUCAACAAUGUAAGGCUGUCCACUUGCCGAUUCCCGAAUUUAUUGAAUCGACCAACGGAAGCUUCAGGAGUCCCGUGCUAACCGUUAAUCAGGUCGUGGAACUGAUACUAGCGUACUUGGACAAUGGUCGUGAUUGGAAACAAGCUAUUUUGUCCACUGUGCCCGGGCGUUUUCUUAAAUGUAUUUGAUAGUGUUGUAUGAUAAAGUCUAUUCUGACAG